UGCAUCUCAUUAGCAUAAUAAAGCAGCGGGCAACGACCUGGGACCGAAGCAAAAUGGCGUCUCUUGUGACGGAAGAUUGCGAGGGGAUUUUUAACGAUCGCGAUGAGGCGCAAGACGAGGUGGACGGAGCUCCUGCGAGCUACGGGACGAGGGGAAUCUUCUUGGGGAAGGAUGCGGACAUCCCGCCGAAGUAUUUCCUGCACAAGAUAUUCUCUCCGUUCAGCGAGGGGAUGCAGAGUUUCCAGCGCCGUUCGGAGAAACCGCCAAAACUCAAGUUGCUUCACAAAGACUGGGGCCAUACCAUGUCGCCCACGGUGGCGGGGGAGGGCAGGUUGGGGCUGGUGUGCUUGGAGCCACUGGGGCCCCUGACUCUGAAUGAGGACCAUGCCAAGAAGGUCGCGGAAACCAUCUUGAGUCAGGCGAAGGACGUACAGUGUGAGCCAAUCAGGUGGAACCCUACCGACCUGCUGUACCUGUUCAAGGACAACGAGGCUUACCUUGACCUUGGGAAGGCCUUCAGCAACGGGCAGCUGGACGAGGUCAUGGGGUUCAAGGUCGUCAAGAUAGAACCGGCCAUGUUUGUGAACCCGCCAAAGUGUCUGGUGGAGGUGGAGACAGCUGCAGGGCAGGGGGAGGAUCUCCAGGGGGCGCUCAUGCACGUCAUUGCCCCAUUCUCAGGCGCGUUCCCAUUCCUGACAGUGAGAGAAGCCAACUCCACAGACAACGGUGCCAGUACCAGCAACAACAGGGAAGAGGGACCCCCUGCGAAGAACCGCCGCACCGAGGACGUCGUACCUCCCAUCUCCCUCACCCUCUCCUUCCCCGGAAAUAUGCAAUCCCGCGCUACUCAGGUCAGCGAGAGGCUCGCGUCGUCAUGGAAACGGGUGAACUUUCCCGACCAGACGGACACCGACCCAGCGUUUUACGUGGACGAACGACACGGGCUGCCCGCGGUCGGGAUCGCGACGGGAGCGGCUGCAGCGGGGGUUAAGAUGUCGGUCUUCGUCCAGGACGAGACGAAGUUCGCGGAAAUGGCGGAAUUCUACGCGAAGGUCCUGGGCACGGACGCGAUGGAGAGAGUGACGAAGGAAGGUCAGACCAAGGUCAGCAUGUUCCCGCUGUCGGCGCGGGCGGAGUUUUACGUGAUUCGGCAGCCGGGGCUGAAUCUCAGGACGGCUUCCAACUUGACCCUGUACUUCCUGGUGUCUGGUUUCACGCUGCCCGGCAGGCGGGUCGGGGACGACCACAUGGAGGCCACUGACCCCGAGGGCAACAAGGUCAUGCUGUUCACAGUCGGGAAGUAGUGCAGAGUGAGCAAAACAAGACAUUCGUGAGGGGGGGGGCACAAGGGAGCAAUACAAGAAAAUUUUGGGGAUAUAAGAAACAAGACCAAAAGAUGAAACUGUUGGGAGCAGAAAAAAAGAGGACCAAGGGAGAAGAACACCAAAUUGCCAAGACAACCAAGUGGACCUGUCGGACCAAGAAAGAAACAGUCAUGCUUUUUUACAGUCGUAAAGUAGUAGUGGGGUGGGAGCAAGACAACCAUAUGUUGUGAGGAGGAGGGAGGGCAAACAAAGCCAAGUUAAGAAAACGAACCACCGAACUAUGAUGACCAUGUAGCAAAGUAGCCAAGUUUUGGGGGGGAGGGGGGUGUCUUGUGAAGAGAUUGUCUCAAACCUGUGUCAAGUGUGUAUACCUAGUUUCCAUCACCAUGACGAUCAUGGAUUUUAGUGCAAUUAGUGAUUUUGAGAAUAUUUUAAGGAACAAUCACAAUGUUAUUACGAUGUGUCCUCAAUCAUGCAACAAGUUUUUAUGCUAUUUUUGUUGAAAGAACAGCCACUGUAGAAAGAUUUUUUACAAAUCUAUUGAUACCUUAUGCAAAAUAUGCCUUUAUGCAAACUCAUGUAGAAAGACUCCUUGUCAGUUGGAAGUACAGUAUGUUUAUCACUAUAUGUUUGACUUAUUAUAUGAGCUGUGAGGCAUGUUUUGAUUUAAGUCUUGAACUUUCAUGAAUUUUAUUUUUUUUGCUGACUGUUACCAACUGUGAAACUUUACAGAAUUGAAAUUGUUUCUAAGCUGUUUUAUUUUAACGCUGAUGAAAGUUCGACAUCCAAGUGAUAAGAUACGCCAAAUAGCAGUUACUCAAGCAACUGGAUGCAAUUUUGGAAAUUUAUAUUUUUUACUUGUUUUAAAAGGAGACUGUAAACUUUCACUUAGUGUGAGUAGGAAAGAAGUAUUUUAGUCUCAGCAAUCAGAGCACUGUAUGUAAGGCAAAUGAAUUUGUGUUUUUUGUGGAGGUCAUGAAGUUCAUGCUUUCUAGGCAGAGAUCAAGUCAAAACCUUUAUGUAGAUUGUGUCACAAAUCCAAAUUAGAUGUUUAAAGCUUCAAGUUUUUGUGUCAUGUGGCAGCUAUGAGAAAUUCAGGCCACCCCUGUUCAUUUCCCAGGUUUUUAGACAUUACAAUCAAAUUGUGUAAAAAAAAAGUCAAGGUAACUAGUGAAAGAUGUCAGAAAAUUGACUACUUACUGCCUGAAAUUGUGUGUACCAACCAAGUUACAGAUUUCCCCCCCAGACUAUAUUGAUAUGGCAAUUUUAUAUUCCAAUUCUCCAUUUCUUCAAUUUUUCUCAAAUUUGAGAAAGGCCUAGCCUAACCUAAAGAGAUGAUCCAAAAUUAUGUCUGACUUUUUGCAAACUUGCCAUGAGUGUAUUUUCCAGCAUUACCUUACGUACCAAGUUUGUGCAAUUCUGCAAGACUCUUCUUUGCCUUUUUAACCCUUCCAAGCCAACCUCUGCUGCAACCAUUGCAAUGUUGGGUGCAUAGAUGCACCCAUGGCAGGGAAAAGGUUACUAGUACUUAGUAAUUGUGGGAAGCUGACACACACGAAUUACUACUAGUACUGCCUACAUAAUGUAAAGAUUCCCAUGUUAUACUAUCAUGUACUGUACUGUAGUCAUCCUGUGUUGUACUUACAUGUAGCCUGUGUUAAACAAUCUCUCACUGUCGGGCUGAUUCAAGGGGCUGGACCAGUGGAAGGGAUGCUAUAAGCAUGAUUUAGUCAGGCUAGAGUUGUACAGGUUGGGAGCCAGUCAGUGAUUUGAGCCGCUUUCAAGACUUAAAUGGGACUUUUUAUUCCCUCAUAUGUACAGAGUAUAUGGUAGCAGUGUAAGAUAUACCAUGUAUAUAAUGGGGCAUGAGAACUGAUAAACGUGUUAUUGGUAGACUUAAUACAAUACACGAUACAGUUACACUACAUGUUAGAGUUGGAGAGUAGUUGCAAGGGAUGGUCUCCAAUCUGCACAUUGUUUACAAGCAAAAUUUCUUUACCUACAUGUACAUUUGUAUCAGUGGUCUCCAUGAUUUAGACUUAAAAGCUGUUACUUAGUAUGAUUUUGUUGUGACAUGAUUUUUGUAUGUUUUGUAUCUGUAGUGGAAAACAGCAGCUCUGUUGUUUAUGAGUAAGUGAUGAAAUAUUUUUGUUCCUACUUUCUGAUGCAAUAGAAAUUACUUUUGUAAUAGGAACUUUUCAAAGACUAUGUGAAGUUUUUCUUUUCUGUAAGUCAAUUUGAAAGAACCACUAUUUUGGAAAAAAGUAACAUUCCGUAAUUUAUAUUCUGCAGCUGAUUGAAAAACUGACAAAGAGAUACGUGGCGACAAAAAAUGUUUUCAAGAAUAACUGUUUUAAUGUAUGUAGUGGAAUGGCCUAAAACAACUUUUUAUAUUGAUUUCAGCAAAAUUUAUGGCACAAACAUCAAAGUUCAGUAGUUGUGACCAAAAAAGGAAACAGUGGAUCAUGGCAUAAAGUACUUGUAUGUGUGAAAAUUGUAAAUAUAACCAGGUCCUAGUUUCUUUCCAAUCGUUUUUGUAGUUUUCAUAAUUAUGUCAUUUCAUGUUAUUUUGUUUAGAGUAUUCACCUAGACGAAAUUUGUUCAUACUGUUCCAUUUUUGUCAGUCAUACAUGUAUGUAUGUAUGUGAUAGAUUAGCAAUGUAAAAAAUUGUGUGUGUUUUUUUUCUACACCAGAAUAGGAACUCGCAGGCUCGUCAUGAAUGAAGUGUGUUUAGUCUUAGUAUACAGGAGCCUGUUGACAAUAAACACUCCGAGUAUUCCUACUUUUGGGAAGAUUUGUCAAA